UAUCAGUGUCGAUGGCAUUUGUUCCCAGCUAUUCUUAGGAGCCUCUCAGAAGCGCCACACAGCCCAGCCAACAGCCAGGGGCAGAGCAGAGGCUGCCGCUGUCUGCACCAGCAUGUCUUACAGCGUGACCCUGGCGGGGCCUGGGCCCUGGGGCUUCCGUCUGCAAGGGGGCAAGGACUUCAACAUGCCGCUCACCAUCUCCCGGAUCACACCAGGCAGCAAGGCGGCACAGUCCCAGCUCAGCCAGGGCGACCUCGUGGUAGCCAUCGACGGCGUGAACACAGACACCAUGACCCACCUGGAGGCCCAGAACAAGAUCAAGUCCGCCAGCUACAACCUGAGCCUCACCCUGCAGAAGUCGAAGCGACCCAUUCCCAUCUCCACGGCAGCGCCCCCGAUCCAGUCUCCUCUGCCAGUGAUCCCCCACCAGAAGGACCCUGCUCUGGACACCAACCCCGAGGUGCGGGCCGGCCCGGGCACGGAGGUCAGGCAGACCUUUAGCGCCUCCUUCUCCCAGACCUCCGCCUUCUCCUCCCACAUGGAGGCCUCUGACCCUGGUCCUCCUCAGGGCAGCCCGGGGGCCAAGACCAGCUCGGAGGGAGCCCUGCACUCGCUCAGCCCGAAAGUGCCCCAGGGCUCGAGCCAGCCCAGGCAGUAUAACAACCCCAUUGGCCUGUACUCGGCGGAGACGCUGAGGGAGAUGGCUCAGCUGUAUCAGAUGAGCCUCCGAGGAAAGGCCUCAGGUGCUGGACUCCCAGGAGGUGCGGACUACCAGGAGCGCUUCAACCCCAAUGCCCUGAAGGACUCGGCCCUGUCCACCCACAAGCCCAUCGAGGUGAAGGGGCUGGGCGGCAAGGCCACCAUCAUCCACGCACAGUACAACACGCCCAUCAGCAUGUACUCCCAGGACGCCAUCAUGGACGCCAUUGCUGGGCAGGCCCAGGCCCAGGGCAGUGACUUCAGUGGGAGCCUUCCCGUUAAAGACCUCGCUGUGGACAGCGCCUCUCCCGUGUACCAGGCUGUGAUUAAGAACCAGAACAAGCCGGAAGAUGAGGCUGAUGAGUGGGCCCGCCGCUCCUCCAACCUUCAGUCUCGCUCCUUCCGCAUCCUGGCCCAGAUGACAGGAACUGAAUACAUGCAAGACCCUGAUGAAGAAGCUUUGCGAAGGUCAAGGCCCCAGGCUUCUGCUCACGGUACGGCCCAGGCGACCUCUCCAGCACCUGCUGCCCAUCCAUACACUGAAGCCCCAGCAGCUGCUGCGCCCAAGCCGCGGGUUGUCACCACUGCCAGCAUUCGGCCUUCUGUCUACCAGCCAGUGCCUGCAAAUACCUACAGCCCAUCUCCGGGGGCCAAUUACAGCCCAACUCCCUACACCCCCUCGCCUGCAAAAAACCCCACCUACUCCCCCUCCCCAGCACCAGCCUACACCCCCUCGCCUGCCCCGAGCUAUGAGCCUGCACCCUCAGUGGCCCACAGCAGGGGUCCUGCUGAAUCUGCCAGCCGCCCCCCUUGGGCCACAGACGACAGCUUCUCUCAGAAGUUUGCUCCUGGCAAGAGCACCACUUCUAUCAGCAAGCAGCCCCUACCUGGAGGGACCUCUGCCUACACCCCAGGUUCCCAGGUGUCCCCCCUCGCCAGGGGCACCUUCCAGAGGGCUGAGCGCUUCCCAGCCAGCAGCCGGACUCCGCUCUGUGGCCACUGCAACAACGUCAUCAGGGGCCCCUUCCUGGUAGCCAUGGGCCGCUCCUGGCACCCAGAGGAGUUCAACUGCGCCUACUGCAAGUCCUCCCUGGCAGACGUGUGCUUCGUGGAGGAGCAGGGUGCCGUGUACUGCGAGCGGUGUUAUGAGCAGUUCUUUGCCCCGAUCUGUGCCAAGUGCAACACCAAGAUCAUGGGGGAGGUGAUGCACGCCCUGAGGCAGACGUGGCACACCAGCUGCUUCAUCUGCGCAGCCUGCAAGAAGCCCUUCGGGAACAGCCUCUUCCACAUGGAAGACGGGGAGCCCUACUGUGAGAAAGACUACAUCACUCUGUUCAGCACCAAGUGCCACGGCUGCGAUUUCCCUGUGGAGGCUGGUGACAAGUUCAUCGAAGCCCUGGGCCACACCUGGCAUGACACCUGCUUCAUUUGUGCAGUCUGCCAUGUGAAUCUGGAGGGGCAGCCGUUCUACUCCAAGAAGGACAAACCCCUGUGCAAGAAGCACGCGCACGCCAUCAACGUGUAGGCAGCCCGGGCGGGCCGGCGGGCCGCUGCCGCUGCUGCUGCUGGAGGAACGGAGACCCUGGCGAAUGGAGAGGGAAGCACCGAGCGCGCCUGAGUGUAACUUAGUCUUUCUCUGCACACAGAUUGUGUAUUUGCCUAGUUCAGACUAGAAGCCAAAUGGAGAUUCCUAAGCCAAAGUAGUAAUUAACCCCAGACUGGAAUUGCACCUCGGACUGAAUCCUGGGAACUCAAAAGUGAAAAACAAAAAGUAACUUUAACUUUCCCCAGUGAUGCACGUCCCGGGCCACCAGCGCCAGGCGAGCGGGCGGAGGAGGCUCCAAGGCCGGGCUCCGGG